AUGAAAAUGAGGCAUCAGGCAUUCACAUCUUGGGAUGGGGGAGCUGAACUCGCCAACUCCGAUCAGGAUGCCCAGGGGACAGCAAGUCUGAGUGGCAGUGGGAGGGAGGAGAAGAGAUUGGACCACGGGGAGGACUCCAUCAGCACCUUGGGCCUGAUCCUUGGGGUGGGGCUGUCACUGCUGCUUGUGUCCAUCCUCGGCUACAGCCUGGCCAAGUGGUACCAGCGUGGAUACUGCUGGGACGGGCCUAAUUUUGUCUUCAACUUGUACCAGAUCCGGAACCUGAAGGAGCUGGAGGCGGGUCCACCCUUCACCAUCAGCGGCCACAUCAGCAUUCCCGAUGGCAGCUACAUGAAGUUCUCAGACAGGCCUGUCUGAGGGGGAGCCACAGGCUUCUGUAGCCCCAGAGACGAGCGUGCACUUGCGGGGUUAAGAUCACUGAACAACCUGUUAAAUGCA